AUGACGAGACCUACAGGGAGUGCGUGGCUGACGACGUGGCUAAAAGACGAGUUCGAAGUGGAAGACUUAGGAUUCGAAGAAGUUCUAUUGAUUCCAGUUAUUCUAGUGGUGGUUGCUUCUAUGGGGAUUGGCUGGUUCUGCUGGAAAUGGAGCUCGUUGCUCAAGAGAGAACAGGCUUCUUCUUGCGAUUUUGACGUGGUUUCUCCAAAUUACUUGGAUGUCGUUACUCACGAACAAGCUCUUCGACGGACGGUGACGACUACGAGCUACGGUCCGUCCAUUUCUAGUCAUCCUGAUGACUACGAAAGUGCUGGUUCCAACCAAACGUUAAAGAUAUUGCUGCAUAGUCAACAUCUUCACGGAAAUCGAAUCCCGUACGACAGUCUGGUUUUCCAGACGGAGUUAUCCAAAGGAGCGCCAGGAGAAGUCUGGAUCUGCCGCUACGGAGGCCAAGAAGUGGCAGUGAAGAAGUUACUGCAUAUUAGAGACCAGAAGGCAGAAGACGUGCAGAUUUUCGCUGAAGAGAUCGAGUUGACGGCCAGUUUAAUUCAUCCGCAUAUUGUCAAGUUCAUUGGGGUGGCUUGGAAUAGUCUCAGCAACUUGUCAAUGGUGUUGGAAUAUGUUCCAAGAGGGAAUCUGAGGGACUAUUUACAUACAAACUCCGACAUAUUAUCGUGGGCGAGAGAUCGGAUUUUUAUGGCCAUUGCAGUGGCUGAAGCGCUGGAAAAUCUGCACUCUUGA